AUGAAGACCGUGACGGAGCCUAAUUACAAUAAUUCCUCAUUAACCCCUCGAGAAGGAACCGAGAAUGAAACCUCACGCACGCUCACACCCCUUCCCCCACCCCCACAGAAAAGCAGAAUGCCUGGAACCGAACUGCAAGACCGCGUCAACCUCCUCUCCGAGAUCAUGCUCGCCUACGCCGGGGUCAUGUUCCUCUCCUCCCUCUUCAUGAGAGCCCCCUACGGCCGGUACACUUCCACCCGUUACGGGAAACUCACCAUCCCCUCCAACCUGGCCUGGUUCAUCCAGGAAUCAUCUUGCUUCUUCACUGCCCUCUACGUGCUACUCACCACCCUUAGGAGAAGCAUCCCUUCCGUCAACAAAGUGCUGCUCUUCAUGUUCUUUGCUCAUUACUUUCAACGGGGAUUCGUGUACCCGUACUUGAUGAAGAAGAGCCAAGAACACCCAUUAUUCAUCACGUUGAACGCUGUCCUGUUUUGCGUCUAUCACGGCUACCUACAGGCCUUCUAUCUGGUCGAAGCCGCGACCUAUCCGGCUCAUCACUUCUACACCCCUCAAUUUCUUCUCGGUUCCGCGCUGUUCCUGAUCGGGAUGGGAACGAACAUGCACUCGGACCACCUCCUGAGGAGCCUGCGCGGGUCGGGUGAAUCCGGCUACAAGAUCCCCAGGGGCGGGAUCUUCGAGUACGUCUCCGCCGGGAAUUACUUCGGGGAGCUCCUGGAAUGGUGGGGAUUCGCGCUGGCUUCGUGGUUCAGCCUCCCGGCCCUCUCCUUCGCCGUCUUCGUCGCUCUCUUUCUCAUCCCGAGGGGGAUGCACCAUCACAAAUUCUACCAGGAAAAGUUCGAAGACUACCCCAAAAACAGAAAGGCCAUCAUUCCAUUCAUUUUAUGAAUCACUGAAGGCAGAGACUUAAUUUUCGAUCCCCUGAUAAUUUUUCUCCCUUGAAAUUGAGCGAAAUAAAAAUCGCUUCC